CUCGUGUAUAUUUAGGCCAUGGCGACCGACGUGGUGUGGCGCGGCCGGCAGCUUUUGCCGAUCCUGGCGCCGACGCACGAGCUUCUCGCGACAAGCGACCAUGACGUGGCGGUCCGAGAGGUCGCGACGCCGUCGUACCGCCUCGUCUUCUCGGUCCAAGGCAGCGUUGACGGAAGCGCCGUGGUGCGAUCGCUCUCGACGGCCGAGAUCGCAGCCGCCGUUCAACGGUACCGGGCGCAUCCGCACGAAGCGAAUUCGGCCGCCGACCGCGCGAUGCAGCGCUGGAUCACAAAGCACAAGACGCCGCCGCGCGACGACCUGAUUCGAUGGUUGCUGGCGCGCAUGGUCCUUCUCAUGAGCGAGCCGCCGACACUCGUUCUGCUCAGCGAAGUUGGGCUUUCCAAGGCCCACGUCACGCGCAAGCAACCGCUGCCGUUGACGCCCCGCACGAUCGUGAGUCCGUUUGCGGAUGGCGACGACGACGAGCCGCUGCCGCCCUUCUCGCCCAAGAGCGGCGCGGCACCCGAAGACGCGAGCGACGACGACGACGAGGCGCCGCCACCCUUUGCAGAGAAAGUGGCACCCUUCGAACCUGCCGCGGUGCGGUCGCAACGCAGUACCGUCGUCGCGUCGUCGCGCUGGGCAGACGACGCGUGGCGACUUGCGCUCGAGCUGCGCAAGUCGAAAGCCGACGUCGAGAAGGCCAAGGAGUUGCGUCGGCGCCAAGAGGUCGUCGCCACCGCGCGCAAGCAGUCGCUCUUGGCGUCGGCGUCGCGGCUCCGGACGUCGGCCAAGACGGACAAGCGCGACAAGCGGCUCGUCAAGGACGCGACGCACAAGGCGAUCGAACACCACGAGAUGGCCGCGUACAUUGAAAAGCAAACGCGGCGCGAGUACAUCCAGUACAUGCGCGAGCACGAGCGCACGACGCGGCUGCUUCAAAUCGGUCAGCGCCGCCACGGACAAAAAGGACCGCACUUGGGCCCGGGGCCGCUUCCGACCGACGUGUACGCAACGGCACGUGACGACGACGACGACGAGACCGAGCCGUUUGUGUACGACAUCCAUGGCCGCCGCCACGCAGUGACGAGCGCGGACGAGGUCCGCGCCAAGAGUGUCUUUGACGCCGCGAUGCGAAAAGUGCAGCGGAUCGCCGCCAAAGCGGGGCGCCACCUCGUUGCGCUCUUCCGCCAGCACGACGUGGAUCGCAGCGGCACGCUCAACUUGACCGAGUUUGCCGCCGCGCUCCAGAGUCUGCACGUGCAGCUGAGCGCCGAUCAACUGCACGCGCUCUUCUCGUUUUUUGACGCAAACGACUCGGACGGCAUCGACUAUGGCGAGCUGCUCUGGAGCUUCUUCAACCGCCGAGCGUUCCUGAAGAAGUGGCAAAUGGCGACUGAGAGCCUCUCGCCCGUGGAGCUCCACGCGCGCUUUUACGCUGCGGACCGGGCGCGCCGGGGCGCACUCUCGGCCCGGGACUUUUUCCUCGCGAUGCAGCAGCUAGGGUUUCGCUUCUCGGACCUUGACGAGACGCUGCUGCUGCACAAAUUUGACGCCAACGGCGACGGCUUCAUCGACUUUGACGAGUUUCAGCGCGCGUUCCACGCCAACCAUGCACCCGCCGCAAACCCAGCACGAGCUCCAACGCCGCAAGGUAGCAUGACGUCCCUCGAGUCGGAGCUGCAGGCGCUCGAGGCGCUCCAAUCCAAGCUGCAACAUCUCCUGCAGCAAGUCUAACCAAGCAUGGUCCAAAAGUAUCAAGUUCUCCACCUACUACGAUACAAAACGG